GCUUCUCUCAUUAUAACUCGGUUCUUCUCAAAAUCCUUCCCCUCCUUUCGACCUGUGCUCUGACUUCAACCAUCGUGCCAGCGUCCAGCAUCUUGUGGACCUCGGUGGUUGGCCACGUUCCUUUCCUCAUUCCUGUCAUCUCGAGACGACGCUACUGAGCGUCUGAAAAUUUUCCUGGUCCUUUGUCCAACAAAUAGCAGCCAUGUCGACCGCGGUUUCUUUGGGUACAACUACCAUCGACUCCACCAUCGGAGCCCUGGUGGUAGGCUGGGGUGUCUCGAUGCUGCCGUAUGGGAUGUUGUGCAUCCAAGUCUACUACUACUUUCAGCGAUAUCCCAAGGACACUCUCGCUCUGAAGCUUCUGGUUGUUACUUUGACCGUGCUGGAAACCGUGCACCAGGCACUUGUGGGACACUGCAUCUAUUUCUAUUCUGUCACGUCCUACGGAAAGCCAUUGGUUCUCCUCGGCAAGCCAGAAUGGUCUCUGAGCAUCCAAGUCAUUAUUGGGGCGCUCGUGGGUGCUAUUGUCAAACUGUGCUUCGGUCUGCGGGUCUGGAAAUUCAGCAAGGGAAAUUGGUUUGUGACCGGUGUCAUUAUGCUAUUGGCGCUCUCACAGCUCGGGUUCGCCACCGCGUACACCUACAAGUCGUUCACAACAAACCUGAUCAUGAUCAGUGCUCUCAAAACCAUCGCUACAACGUCUUUGGCCCUUGGCGUUGGCACGGACGUCUUCACAGCGGCCGCACUGUCGUAUUUCCUUCAUAAAAUGCGGACUGGUUACGCUAAGUCGGAUGGGCUCAUCAACCGUCUGAUCCUUUACUCCGUCAAUAAUGGAUUCUUCACAAGCAUAUGCAGUUUGACCGUGCUCAUCCUGUACAACAUCAUGCCGGGGAACUUCAUCUUCAUGGCCUUCUACUUCAUCUUGUGCAAGUUGUACGCCAACUCGUGUCUAGCAACGCUCAACACGCGUCGCUUCGUGCGUGGCAAGGGAACAGACAGGGAAGAAGUCACUGGCCCUUCGUUCGUCAUGGUUCACCAUACGAUUACGAGCCAUACAAGUGGUGGACCAAUCACCCCUGGAUCCGGACGGUCAAGAGGAGAGGUCUAUCAGAUGAAGCCGACGGCGAAGGGAGCUAUCUCUGGACCAUUGACUAUGGAUGUACGUGUAAACCGAGAACAAACCGGUGCCGCCGAUCCAGUUCCUCGAUACGACGAAUAUGCUACUGGAUGGUAGUUCCCCACCAGCGAGAUUCUCCGUUUGCCGAAAAAUCGCCGUCUAUCCUUUCAUCCUUCCUAUUCGUGCAUCCUAUCAUAGCCAGUAUUCAGCAUAUCAUCGCAAUUCGGAUUCAUCACCUACCCUCCGCCAAACUCUCACCGUCGUUCCUCGUUACGCGCCGAUGAGUUUCGCGGUCUUCACUGUGCAUUGUACCAAUCUCCAAAUCCUGAAGUUCCCCGGACUCGUCUGUACGAUUACUGAUCCUCACGUUCGCACCUACUUAUUACCUUCGCUCUUUACUUAUCCUAUUGUCCUUCGAUCGAUCUCACUCUUCAUCUCGGAUCCCUACUUCUGAGCAAUCCCCCUUCAUUUCGUGCAGCAUACUUCGUCUUUUCCUCUCGGUUUGGGUCUCGUUUCUUGGCUCUUUUCUUUCGUCUUUCCGUUGAAAUCCGUGAAUCUGUAUCCGUCCGUCUGCUGUGCUAGAUCGUCCUGUCCUACACCCUACAUCUCAACCCCGAAUCGCCCAUCCACAUCCACACCCUCACGCACCUCCAUCCUACCCUCUACUCUCGAGCUAGAUCUCUAUUCCUAAUCCCCAGAUGGUAACACCAGCACUAUCCUGCCUUGAACCCGUACGGUCAUGGCUCUUCAAGUCCACUGGCAGGCCCACCUUGCGUAAAUACUUACAGUAUUUGUGUAUACGGACUGUUGUCUUGCUAUCUUCGUAAUUCGGUUCGCGGUCUGUUCGGGUCAUACUCCCUUCACUAUAGCUUACGUCUGUCUUGAGUCCAC